AUGCGUGCAACUCUGGCAGUAACAGGACUCUUUCCGCUGUUUGUUCUUGCCCAACAGCCUGUCUCAUCGGAUGUAUUCGACAAGAUAACUCGGUAUACGGCGUUUUCGGCGGCAUCUUACGAUGACAACUGCGCAAAACCACCCUUUGGGUCUCAGAUUGUCAAAACGUUCAACGAUGAUGCAACGGAUACUCAGGCUACUUUGUUCCGUGAUAAUACUGCUAAGGAAGUAAUUAUUGCUUUCAGAGGAACUUCUGCGCCCAAGGACCUCGAUUCAGAUCUUGCCUUUGGUCUCGUCCCGCUAUCUGCUACCGGAACAAGCUGCUCUAACUGCAAAGUUCAUCAAGGCUUCCAGUCCGCAUUCGCCUCAAUCUCUGGGGCAGUGGCCUCAGCAAUUAAGUCAGAGGUGUCGUCUGGCUCACGGCUUAUUGUUACUGGCCAUUCUCUUGGCGGUGGCAUCGCGGCCAUAGCGACAUCCUCAUUCAUCGGACAAGAUAUUAAAGUUGCAGAGACGUAUACCUUUGGCGAGCCACGAAAUGGGGAUGCACAAUGGGCCAAGUACAUCGCUGGACAGAUCCCCGACUCAAACUACUAUCGCGUCACGCAUUUCAAUGACGGCGUGCCUCAAAUUCCACCGACCUUGCUUGGCUAUGUUCACCACGGGCCAGAAUAUUACCAGAGCAAGGACACUGGCAACACUGCCCAAACGACAUUAAAGUGCAGCUUAGACUCCAAGUCCUGUAGCGCCGGCCAAGACUUUGGGUCCAACCCUAUCAAUCGGUCCCAUCUUACUUACAGCAACACCAUCGUUGGCAGCUCACUUUUUGUGGCUGCAUGUGGUGCAGUAUUUCCCUGA